GCCAACCAAUCCAUCAACCAACCAAAUCAUCUCCUCCGAUUUCUGGUCUUCGAGCCCCACUGGAGGGCCACUCAGCUUGUCUGCUGCUCUGCUCCUUUCCUAUCGUGAUUGUCAGAGCACGCUACGUCCAGCUUAAACAGUCACGUCGACACAGACGCCGGCCUCGUGUGCCUUGGCUAUCACCAUCGCCCUCGUCGAUCCCUCAACCUUGUCAACCCGUUGCUUGGCUCCUACUGACCCCCACUGUAUUCCAGCGCAAUUGAGCGCAGCGUGAAUCCUGCUUAGCUGGCCAUGUCGCUUGCUCUUGGUCCAGCAGCCAAUGGGACGCCCAAUGUGACUGCACCCGGCGGCAAAUGGCUAGGCGUCACGCCCCCCAUCGCACUCAGUGGACCAACGCAGAGGGAGAAGGAGGUCACCAUCUCCUUGGAGGCUGAGCUCAGGGAACAGAAGAUGUUCGAGUCAGAGGCAGAGGCAAAAGUUCGGUCAGUAGUGCUACGACGAGGUGGCCCUCGUUCGCUCCCUUCCUAACCUACUCACGAACAAAGCAUCCCUCUCCUCUUGCAUUGCUCACACAUAUAGUGAGG